AAGGCAUAAUACCCUUUCGCACGGAGGACGCAAUGGCUCCCAAGAAACGCGCGGAAAUCCAGAAGACCACCGAGGUGGUUGUGCGCCCCAAGCGCAGGAGGAGCAGAAGCCCCCGAGAGCUGGAGGCCGAAGCCAAGCAGCUAUGUGUGAAGCGCCCAGGUUCUAGCAGGAAACGUGACUCAGGCUGCCCCUGGGUGGGGCUGGCUAGCCUGCAGGCCCCGCCACCCUGCAGCAGCAUCAUCAGGUCACUCCACAGCCAUAGGCUGGGCAAAGCUCCUUGGCCAUCACUCCUGCAGGAUCUCCAGCAGGCCUUUUUGCACUCUCUGGCUUCUUAUCGAAUAUCCCACAAGGCUGCACCCUUCGACAGGAGGGCCACCGCCUUGGCCUGGCACCCAACUCACACCAGCAUCCUUGCUGUGGGCUCCAAGGGGGGCGAUAUCAUGCUUUGGAACUUGGGGAUAAAGGACAAACCCACCUUCAUUAAAGGGAUCGGAGCUGGAGGGAGCAUCACAGGGAUGAAGUUUGAUCCUGUCAAUGCCAACCAGUUUUUUACCUCCUCCAUGGAGGGAACAACGAGGCUGCAAGACUUCCAAGGCCACACUCUUCGUGUUUUUACCAGCUCGAGCACUUGCAACCUCUGGUUCUGCAGCCUGGAUGUGUCUGCCAAAAGCCGAGUGGUGGUCACAGGAGACAGUGUGGGGCACGUGGUCCUGCUGAACAUGGAUGGCAAGGAGCUUUGGAAUCUGAAAAUGCACAAAAAGAAAGUGACGCACGUAGCCCUGAAUCCAUGCUGUGACUGGAUCCUGGCCACAGCCUCUGUGGAUCAAACGGUAAAGAUCUGGGACCUGCGCCAGGUCAGAGGGAAGUCCAGCUUCCUCUCCUCGCUGCAGCACACGCAGGGUGUCAACUCAGCUUAUUUCAGUCCCGAUGGCACCCGGCUCCUGACCACGGAUCAGAAGAGUGAGAUCCGGGUUUACUCUGCCUCCCAGUGGGACCACCCCCUAAGCUUGAUCCCGCACCCCCACCGCCAGUUCCAGCACCUGACACCCAUCAAGGCAACGUGGCACCCCCGGUACAACCUCAUUGUUGUGGGCCGAUACCCAGAUCCUAAUUUCAGAAGUUGUACCCCCUAUGAAUUAAGGACGAUUGAUGUGUUUGAUGGAAGCUCUGGGAAGAUGAUGUAUCAACUCUAUGACCCAGAAUCUUCUGGUAUCAUUUCGCUUAAUGAGUUCAGUCCUGUGGGGGACACACUGGCCUCUGCGAUGGGUUACCACAUUCUCAUUUGGAGCCGUGAGGAAGCUGGGAUUUGGGGAUGAGCGGCAUUAAUGAAGGUGCGGGCCAAGCCCGGGCUUGGAGCCACAAGAGAAUAAGUCCUGUGAGAGGAGACGGCUGUUUGUCACAGGGCCAGAAGGACCCGAGUGGAGGGCUGGAGCAGGGACACUGGCGUGGGACACCUGGGACCGGGACAUGGCACUGCUCUGAGCCCAGCUCCGGACACCUCUCGGGUGGGAGACCCAGCUGCCCCGGGUCCCCGCCUUAUCUAGCUGGGAGCCGGAGUCAAGUACCCCUCUCCUCUGACAUGCAGCGGCAGGGUGAUCCGGGAGUGGUCGAUGUGUGCUCACUGUGGACAUGGCCAAUUAAAAAAAACAAACCCAACUAAG